AUGGCCGUUGCAGACAUCUCAACUAUCACCAAGACCACAACUGGUGGCGCUACUACCAACAAUAGCAACAGCAUUGAACAAAAGACACCCAUUCCGGUCCAUAUUCCUUCACGACCCUCCAUCCGAUCUACUGCCUCGUUCGCCUCGACCGCCUCGACCAAUUCAUCGUCCUCCACCCAUCUCAGUGAGAAACCCGUCGAAACCGUUACUUUUCGCCAUGGUCAAGUCGAGGAUGCUGCCCUAAUGACAGAGAUGCAAUUCUCGAAUUACUUAUACCACUAUCGUGAUAUUGCGCCCAAGAUCUUUCUCGAUACCCUGGAUUACUCUAAGAUGACCACCCGUCACGUCAAAAGAAUGACUCCCCCAGUGGAUGAGCGGGAAGCGUCCUAUGUCGUUGCUGAGAGGACCAGCCCUACAACGGGCGAGCCCGAAAUCAUUGGCAUGUCACAAGUCAUGGUUCCUGACUGGGAUCGCGCCUACAACCACCGAUUUUACGACGGUUGGUCCCAGGAUGAUUUCGAUUGCGAGAUCGACACGCUCUAUGUCAAAAUCGGAGUGCAGGGCGGAGGACUUGGCCGUAAGUUGAUAUUGGGUGCUUUGCAGGAGGGAUACGAUCGCUUCAACAUGAGACGAGGUGUCAUCAUUUGGACGUUAGAGGGCAAUACCCAGGCCAGGGACUUUUACAAGCGUGUUGGGUGCGACGAGGUGGCCAUUAGGACACUGGAUCUAGCUGGGGUCCCAUCUGAAUGCAUUGGAUAUGCAUUUAGGACAGUGGGAGAGGCCAUUGGCAAGUGA